CGUUCCCACUGUGUUAAGCAACACAGGUACACUGUUUAUUCACUACUAUAAUGAAUAUGCGGGUCUGAUCGGGUCGCGUAUUUUACGUGUAUGAAAUGGAAAAGAGAGCGUGCCAGUUGUAAAAGGGUGCGUUGCUUUUAGCUACAGUCCGCUUCGGUUUUAGAGAGGGUCGGUGUUAACGGCGCCAUUGAAGAAAGGAGUGGUGUAUACUUCGCCAAUGCAAAUCGCUGAGGGCAGGAAGGAAAAUAACUCACGUGGGUAAAAGAAGUGCUGCACUGACCACCUUCAUAGUGCAACCAUUGAAUACAGUGAUGGUCGUGUGAUGGUCGUGUGUGAGACUGGCGUUCUCUUGACUUGCUGUUCAUAAGGUGUAGAAGGACUGGUAGCGGAACAAAUACGGGAAUUUUUGAGGGAUGCCUGUUUUAAGGAGAAUAGAGUACACCGUACAAGUCGAUUGGCUAGUAAACAGACAAGCAACAGGGAACCACAAAACAACAUUGUAUCAGGAUGGCAAGAUGAGUUCAACAAAACGCGAUUCUGAAAAAAGUCCAGGAACCUUAAACUAAAAAGUGUUUGAAACUGCUUCAUCAUCGAAGAAAUUGAUAAAACCCCUAUCAUCUUCGCCGGUCAACCAAAGCUAAAAUCACGGUGCAUUCGAUCAUGGAUGUCUUUGACGGAGACCACGACCACCAUAACCUGAGUGUGUAUAGUGGAGCAUCCGGAGAUUCCAAUGAUUCCAUUCAAAGCAAUUAUACUUAUACCCCUAUACAUAUACCAGACUUUUACUUUUAUAUUCCAGUAGGCUUUUGCCUGUUUGGGGUUUUCGAAAACAUCAUAUCGUUGGUGGCGUUGGCACACGUUCGCCGCCAGGGAGAUGCUUUGUACCUGCUACUGGGAAACCUGUGUGUCGUGGACAUUCUUUUACUGAUUUUUGCCGUGGUGUACUACAUCAUUAGCGACCUUUUGUUAUACAGAAUUGAAAAUACCGAUCCCCGACACAUAGAUUUAUUGUGUUUUUCCCUACUCUUUAAAAGUUUCUUUCAAACCACCGUUUUUGCCGAAGCGUUUACCACAGUAGGGCUAGUAGUGUUCACUACUCUGAAGGUCUUGCAGCCUUUGAGGAGUCUAUAUCUGUUACAUCCACCUUGGAUUUGGAUACCCAUUUCGGCAAUAUGGCUACUCUCAUCCCUUAUGGGAUUUGCAAUUUACAUAUUGGCUGCAAUUCGUAGUGAAACGAAGACAUUUUUGGACAUUUGUACAAUGUAUGUAUCAGAGGAAUCCCUCUUAAUCAAUGAACAUACAAUUGCGGCGGCGACCAUUGGAGUAAGCGUUGUUGUGGUUGCGUUGUGUUAUAUCAAAGUAAUACACAUUGCACGAAACGCUAAGAGGCGCCACCGGUACUCUCGCUACCAAUCCGCGUCCGAGACGUCUAUCAGUUGUCGUCCCGCGGAGACGAGAUUCUCGUUGUCCGAGUCCAAUGCUGCGUAUAGCAAACGCCAACAAUGCGUUGUGUUCAGUAAUGGAAAAGAUUCCGGGACAACCAUGGCAAUUUCAACCACGCCGAACCGUAGACACAGUCAUGAUAGUACGACCAAGGUUGCCAUGACUGCCGUACUGUUGUUUGGAGUACUACUCGUUUUCUGGAUACCAUACGUGGUGAUUGGCCUCCUUCGAAUUCUUGACGAUAUGUUACCUGCGUACGUUGUCACAACCCUGUUUUUACUGAACGCCAUUUUGGAUCCCCUGAUAUACGGGAUACGUCUGCGACGCAUGCGCAGUGGAUACGAACUGAUGUUCAAAAGAUGUUUUGCGUUUUUCAAACGAAAGGAUCUCCGCAGUCUUCACAGCCACCGGUCCACAAGUUUUAGUAGGGCAACUCAAGUCAGUCACACCAGACGUCUAAGUUCAAGGAAUGGUUCUGCGUCUCAGUUCCUUCCAAGACAAAGUUCGGCUAGUAGAUUCCAA